GAGAGCCGGUGGGGCGAGCGGGCUUCGGGCGGCGAUGGCCCCGUGGCUGCGCUCGGCCGGGCUGGUGGCCGGCUCGUCGCUGGCCUUCGCGGCCCUCCGGUGGGCGCUGAGCCGCUGCCCGCUGCCCGCCCACGUCCGCCUCGACGCCACGCGCACCUGGCGCUGGAGGAACCUGCUCGUCUCCUUCGCGCACUCCGUGGUGGCCGGCCUCUGGGCCGUCGUCGGGAUGUGGCAGCUGCCGGGGGCCUUCGAUGACCUGGUGCGGACCACCUCCCCUUCCGCUCACCUGUUGCUGUGCUUUUCCACAGGCUAUUUCAUCCAUGACUCCUUGGAUAUCAUCAUCUGCCGCCAGUCCAGGGCCUCCUGGGAGUAUCUGGUCCACCAUGCCGUGGCCUCGUCCGGUUUACUGUCUGGGAUCUUCCUGAACCGCUUUGUGGCGGCCGGACUGCUCUCCAUGUUCGUGGAGGUCAGCAACAUUUUCCUGACCAUGCGGAUGAUGGUGCGGCUGGGCAAGCUGCCCCUCCAGACCUUCUACGAGGUCAACAAGUACCUCAAUCUGGCGGCCUAUUUCUUCUUCCGCCUGGCCCCCCAGGCCUACCUGACCUGGUUCUUCGUGCGCCACGUGGAGAUGCGAGGCCAGGGUGCCUUCCUGAUGGUCAACCUCGUCCUACUGGACGCCAUGAUCCUGAUGUACUUCUCGCGUCUGCUGCGCUCCGACUUCUGUCCGGGCGGCCACCAGCCGGGCUCGGACAACGAGAAGAAGUACCUGAUCGACUGAAGUCCCAAGUGCCCCUGCGGAGGAGGACGGGAGGGAGGUCCUCGGUCCAGCAGCGCUGCUGCUCAUGUGCCUUAACCUGAUGAGGACUAGCGACUUUGUCAGGUGCCCCUUUGAGGGUGGCCAGGGGACCGGAUCCACAGUUGGGUCUAGGUCUCUGCCUGGCUUGGUUCCAAAGGAGGGGUCAAGAGCCACACCCGGCCCCAAGCCGGGCAGGAGAUGACCACAAGAAACAGGGAGGAAGCCUUGUCUGGAUUUUUGAUCUGGGUUUUUUGAAGGGAUUAUUUCAUGCAUUAAAUCUAUUUGUAAUCUGAA